CCGGAGCUGUUUUGGCUUCAGACUAAGGCUAGAGGGACGACCAGAAACAUACCACUUUCUUCGUGACCGAGUUACAUUUUCAGCAGUUUUACUGCAUUUUUAAAAAGUUAUAUCUUUGUAAAAACAACGUCAGAGAUGCCGUCCGACAGACCUUUCAAACAAAGGAGGACAUUUGCUGACCGGUGCAAAGAGGUCCAGCAGAUCCGGGAACAGCACCCCAACAAAAUUCCUGUGAUCAUUGAGAGAUAUAAGGGAGAGAAGCAGCUGCCUGUUUUGGACAAGACCAAGUUCCUGGUACCAGACCAUGUCAACAUGAGCGAGCUGGUCAAGAUCAUCAGGCGCCGCCUGCAGCUGAACCCCACUCAGGCCUUUUUCCUGCUGGUGAACCAGCACAGCAUGGUGUCCGUGUCCACCCCUAUCUCUGAGAUCUACGAGCAAGAGAGAGACGAGGAUGGUUUCCUCUACAUGGUCUAUGCCUCGCAGGAGACCUUUGGCUGCUAGGGAGGGAGAGGUGGAGGGAGCGCGGGACAUCUUAAGGUGCAGGGAGGACGGGGAGAGGGUAGAACGAGGGGGCGAUGGAGGGGAAAAAGGGGUCUGUGGUGCCAGAACCUGACCAGAAACCACCAACUCCAUGAUCCUCUCCACUUUAUUGCAUUACAGGCCCACGUAGCAGUCAGUCAGUGUACAUGUGACAGACACCCCCUUAGUCCCCCUCUCUCUCUGUCGUAGAAAAGCACCCUCUUUAUCGGUCAGUAAAUGCAACACUAGCUACAGAAGCCAGAGGACAUCCUGAGUGUCUCUCCUGCCCUCAGAGUUUAUCUCCGAGAGUUUUAUUUUCUCUUUUAUCCCACACAGGCUGAUGUCUUUUCUUAGUAAAAGGUGGGAAAAACAACCAAUGACUUUGGAGUUUGGGAGUAAAGUUGACUUUAAUCUUUGAAACAAGACAUAUAUGUAUUAAGACAAGCUAAAAAUGAAACCAGGCAGUGGCUUGCGAGUGUUCGGGAUGUAAUUUGAAGCUCUGCUGAUGAAGUUUAACCCCAAAACAAAGCAAGAGUCAUAACUAUCGAGUAACAAACCAUCAGUACAUUUUCUCAUCAUUACAACAGCAGAAAGUACGAGCUAAGACUGAUUGUUGUUCUACUUUAUAACUUUUUUAACUUACAUUUUAGUUUUUUUUAAUUAUCGUCUUUGUUUGAGAUAUUAGCUGUAGUUUAGUUUGUGUUGUAACGAAGGUUCUGGGUUUGUUUUAAUCAUACAUUUACUGUCAGCCUGAAGCCCAACUUGCCAACUCGCCACUGGCUGCAGAGUCGCUGACAAUCAGGCUAACAAAGACUGUAAUACUUGUAAAUUUAAAAGCAUUUACAGUAAUUUUUCACGUGCAAUAUUUACCCCAUCACGCCCUGAUAGGUCCACCCUGUACAGCUACUGUAAUUUACCGUCAGUCACAGAAGGGAAUUUAGCAUUAGCGCCUUUAGUCACACGCUGCUACACAAUGUCAGGCAUAUAAACCGACUGAAGCCCCCGUAAGCACAACACACCUUUAGUAUCACUACUCACCUGUCUUCCUGAUCUGUAAAAAGCUCCCACACAUAUAACCACACAUUUAAUGUCACAACCAACCAAUAAGGUAAAGAUUUAGGAGCCUUGCUGUUAGAUUUUAGGCUGUUGAAGAACGAGGGAUGCACUCUACUCCAGCAGUGGUAAAGCUAAAUUCUUGCUUGCUUUUCAUGCUUUAAGCCCUUUUCACACAUGCAAUUUCGAAAAUUUGUGGUUCAGAAGGCAGAACAUGACAUAAAAAUGCUCCAGGAUGUCAGAAGAUGACAGUUUUUUCCUUUAAAUCAGUGUUUCACACAUGUUGGCACAUUCACAGCAUAAAAGAAAUAGCUUACUGAAGCUUAGAAGAGCAUGAAGAAGCCUCAUUACACUAAGAAAUCUUAUACCUGUAGCAAAAAUAUACUCUUGUAUUUCUUGCUGCUUUUACACGUCAGAUCACCUUAACUUUCUUGCAGAAAAUCUGAAAGAAAAAUUGAAGAAAAAGUCAAGGUAGAAUCCGUGUUCGCACAUGAACCCCAGCUUGAAAACUUACAGGAGUUUUGUGCAUGUGUGAUAAAGGCUUUUGAGCAGAGUGUGAUUAGCAUAAAUAAAAGAUUGGAGAAUGUUAGGAAGCAGGCAAUAAUCUAGCUUCAAACUGACACUGCUUGUACAUGAGAGGAAACAGUCUCAGAAAAAGACAACAAAGGGUCACAAGUGAUUAGCAAUGAUUACAAGACCGAUGUUUUGACACACUGUGCGAUUUCACUUUGGCUGGCCUGGACAACGCAGUGAAAUGCCAAUAAAAUGAUCCCGUUUAGUACACGAGCAGAGCGGACACAGCCUGUGCUUGGCAGCAGUGGAAGCCAGGAAGUAAUCAGAUCCCAGAAAGGCUUUUCAGCUGAGGCGAGGUGAAACAAGGCCCCGCUGUAAUAUCAUUUUCUCCUCUGAAGAUGGCUUGUAAGAACGCUGUGUGUGUCAUGGUAGCAUAGAGUCGAGCAUUAGACAUAAUAAAAUGUAUUUAAUGUUGGAAAUGAAUGAGCUUCUUUUGCACAUAAAUUAAUACAAAUAUAAAAAGAUUUGGCAUAGAAUUUUUUUUAGGAAUUACUGUAUCUAUAUAACAAUUCUUUUUGUAUCUCCUCUUCUCUAGAGCUGCUGCUCUUUCUCUGUAUGUCCGUCUGUCUGCCUUUGUUUAACAAGACUUUAUAGACAAAAAAGGUUGUGAUGCACUACAAACCUUGCAUGUUUUACUUUUUUAUAAAUGUAUAUUGAUUUUAAGCAUUAGAUAUAAUUGUACUGUUUUCAUUUAGAAGUCUUUUAGAUGUUUCCCAAACCAAAAACUGAAAAUAUGUGUAUGUGUAUGUUUGAAACAAACAAAAAAGUGUGCGUAUAAACGAUCAUAUAAUCGAGCUGUAUUACAAAGUGUGUUUUUCUUUAGGCUUUCUGACAUGGUCACUGUUUGGAGGGGUGUAUAUAGAUGCAUUGCUACAACCUUAUUCAAAGCAUUUGCCAAUAAAUAAAAAAAAGUUGCCUUUAAAAA